AGAAUCAGUUUUUUCAGAUAGUUAAAAUAUUUGUUUCAAUGAAUUCAGUGAAAUAUCUGAAAAACAAAAAGCUUACCUUUAUUCCUGAUAAAGUACAAUAAAAUAUGUAAAGUGCUUUAUCCAGUGCCUGACAUGGUGGAUAUUAAGAGCUUAGCAUGUAAUGUACUGACAUCGAUCCAUGGCAAUGAUGACUUUCUCAUUCCUUCCACUGGUGGUUCUUAAACUUUAUUUACCCUUUAACAUAACCUGAGUAGGCUGACAUACUCCAGAGGCAUCAGUAAAUGAGUGUCUACAGCACUAACUCAGAUCAUCCUUCAUGCUGCCUGCAGAAUGACUUUUCUGACCCACAAAUCAUUUCCCUUGGAGAAAUCAUCUAAAGCAUAAAUGCCCUCUUUGAGGAAGACGCGGUCGCCGCUGCAGCGGAGCUCGUUGCUGCCCGCUCUUGUUCCUGACUCACCGCUGUCCGCUCUCGCCGAGGAGCAAGUCGGUCAGGGAGCCGCGCCGCAGCCAUGGCCUUUAAAGACACCAGCAAGACUCCCAUGGAGCCAGAGGUGGCCAUUCACCGGAUUAGGAUCACCCUCACCAGCCGCAACAUGAAGUCUCUGGAGAAGGUGUGUGCUGACCUGAUCAGAGGCGCGAAGGAAAAGAAUCUCAAAGUGAAAGGAUCAGUUCGGAUGCCUACCAAGACUCUGAGAAUAACUACAAGGGAAACUCCUUGUGGUGAAGGUUCUAAGACUUGGGAUCGAUUCCAAAUGAGGAUCCACAAGCGACUCAUUGACCUGCACAGUCCUUCUGAAAUUGUCAAGCAGAUCACUUCCAUCAGUAUUGACCCAGGAGUCGAGGUGGAAGUCACCAUUGCCAAUGCCUAAAUCAACCUUUUUAAUAAAUCAAUAAUCAGUUGUUAAAAAAAUAAAGUAUAAAUGGUUUGAUCCUAGCUCUAGUGCAAGUGCAGCCGAGGUUGAGAGCAGUUACCCCAGUCUUGUUCUAACCUCACAAAGCUCUCAAACCAUUUUGUUCUCUCUCCCGGCUUCCUCAGCUUCUGCCCCUUUACUCCUCAGGACUCAGUCUCCUAGGAUUCACCUCAAGCAUCACUUCAUUGCCACUUCUGUAAAAUCUGACUUCCUUAGACAGAUGUACUCCGCCUCCCCAUUCCAUCUACAGGGCUGUGUGUCUUACCACAUUAUAAUGUAGUUAUUUUCUAUUUUUCUGAUAAUAAUUAUGUAGUGUUUACUCUUUGUCAGACACUAUUCUGAGGCUUUUAUGUGUGUUAACAUUUAAUUGUCACAAAUAGUACCUAUGAAUUAGGUUAUCAUUACCCCAUGUUACAGAUGAGGAAACCAAGAUAAAGAUUAAGUAAUUUGUCCAGCAUCACAUUGGAUAAUAAUUGGUGGACCUAGAAUUUUAAACUCAUGCUUUCCAGCUUCAGAGACCUUAACCUCUUAACUUAAUCUCUUUGAUUAUUAGACAACACAGGCUUCUGGAGUGCUGAACUGUUAGUCCAGUGGGUUAUGGAGAUCUUUAUUUCCCCAGCACCCAAUAUAGUGCUUUGGACCAAAAGUGUCCAUAUAUAAAUGAUCAAACAGGCAAACUCAGGUCUUCCUCUUAAUCUUGAUGUUCCCAGUAAAACUUUGAAACUUGAAGCUUAUUAAUUUUCUUGGUGCAAAAUAAGGUUUUGUUUCUAAUUU